GCGUACCUUACGUUCAGCCUCCACUGGGGAGAUUUGGCGGGCAGUACUUCAGUGUAAUUUGGAUUUCUUGUUGUGCAUGCUUUUAAGUGGGAACCGAAGAAUGUUAGAAUAACGGUCUAGCAAACUUUUUCCAAGUAAGCAAACUUUUUCCAGCCCUAACGACGGAAAGACGUUACUUCUGAAGGGGAACCACCCCUUGACUGGCAACGUGCUGAUUUUGUGCCUUCUGUGUUUGUGUGCCAAAAACAAAGGAAGAGCGAUAAACCAAAGUGCAGGCUGGAGCUACAGGGCAAUGAAGGAAGGGAACAUCAGGAUGAUGAUGUUACCAUGGAGGCUGUUGCUAAGACUGACACAGCAAAGAGUGACCAUCUAAUAGAGCCAUGCAGGUUUGUGAUUAGAACCCGCUCUGACAACUCUUUGGUCCGCCUGACUCAAGCGUUUGCUCAGAUGCUGAAUCGCUCUUCAGAUGGCGUCCUGGACCUCAACCUGGCCUCGUCGGUGCUCGGCGUGCACAAGAGACGACUGUACGACAUCAUCAACGUCUUGGAAGGGAUCAAUCUAAUUGAGAGGAUCUACAAAAACCACUACAAAUGGCUAGGUGCGCCCAUGGAUGAAGGAGUCAUUAUAGGUUUGAGGGCUCUCGUCGAUGCAGAGGAGGCGCUGGAUCAGCUGAUCCAAAGCAGCACCAAAGCCAUCAAAGAGCUCAAUGAGGACAAUGACCACCAGAAAUUUGCGUAUUUGACCUACAAGGAUAUCAGCAGUAUUCCGAGUCUGGAAGGGCAGACAGUGAUUGUGAUCAAAGCUUCCUCUUCGACUGAAAUACAGGUGCCACAUCCAGAUGAGGGCUUCCAGAUCUACAUCAGUAGCACCAAUGAGCCCAUCGACGUUUUCUUCUGCUCCGAUAACCCGGUUCCAAAGGAAUUCACCUACCCACACUAAUGGAGACUUCCAGCUAACCACCUGCAGAAAAGACUUCUUUACUCCUUGGCCUCCAUCCUCUCCUCAGACGUCCUCUAAAGCAGAUGCUGACAGGCUGUGGGAUGGAGGGUUUCUCUGAGGUGUCAUUAACCUUCAUCCAUCUGAUGAAAUCCCUUUGAAUCUGAAAAAUGUGGCGUUAUUUCACCGCUGAUCUCCUCUGAAGGAGGGCAGCGUUACCUCAUCACCCUGACCAGAGGUGACGGCAAAAGAAAAAAAGCUCUGUUUAGCCUAACAUGGAGGGACGGCUUCAUUAGACGGACUGAAAUCAGAGUUGCAAUAAAAAAACACCUAAGUGCUCAAACUAUGUAUUUUGUUUUGGAACCUUUAUCACCACGGAUGUAACAUCGCAUUGGACUCACUGCGGUCAUGCCAAGAACUUCAAUUUAACUUAAUUUUUUUUUUCUAUGCAUGUUUUGUUUAUGAUCUUUUCUGUUUCCAAAUCUUUUUCAUUUAUUGCCUUUUUCGAACCUUAAAGAGCCCCUCAUAGAGGACAUGGACUGUUUUUUUUUCUUUCUUUAAGUUAACACUAGAAAGGAACAAACCAUGUGAUAGAAUUUGGUGUAAAUAAACUCAAAGACAAAUUUAAGAUGAGCUUGUAGAGGAAUUGUUCCCCUUUUUUUCUUUUUUUUUGUGUGGCAAUAAGAAUAAUUGUCUUGAUGCUGAAAAGAGCCCAACAGAUUUUGCUUUCACAAGUGGGGCAGUACGGCUAUCGGCAUAGUGUUCCGCUUGAU